AUGAGCAUCGCAAUCAGUAAUGAGCAACUUAACAGACCAACCGCUUUGAGCUCCGCAGCAUUCAAGUUUAACCGCAUGGUUUUCACUUCUGGAAAUGUAGGAAUUGACUAUGAAAAUAAUACAUACAAAGAUUCAAUUCAAGAGCAGACAAUACAAGCUAUUGAAAACUUGAAAACGACUCUCGCUGCUGCAGGCUCCUCUUUGGAAGAAGUUAUCAAGGUGUCUCUAUUUAUUAGUGAUAUUAAAUACAGUACUACGGUGAAUGAGAUCUAUCAAAAGUAUUUCACCAGUAAGCCAGCAAGGUAUUGCGUUAGUGUUAAGUUCCCCAACGACAAGAUUAAAAUUGAAUUGGAUUGCGUCGCCAUAUGCGCUGAGUGA